GAUGAAGAUGGAGACAAAUAUUUGAAGCUCUCCUCCACCAACAUGCAGAUCAACAGAGUUAUCCAUGGUUCAACUGCAAAGAAUGCAUCUAUGAGCCAAUCCAAAAAGAUGCUAGAGCUCAAGGCCAUGAGGAAUGAGAAGUUGGACAAUCAUGAGAAGGAGGGGAAAGGUGAGUGGAAGAGUAAAGAUGAUGAUGAUGAUGCAGGUGACAGGAAGCCUAAGAGGAAGGCAGUUCAGCUGCAAGAGAACCUUGUGGAGGUCACCAUCAACAAUACACCAGUACAAAUUCUCUGCCCACCGAAGAGGGUGCAAGCAGCUGAUGUUUGUGUGAAGUUGGACAAAGCUCAACUCAGUGCAGUGUUCUUGUUUCUACAAGAUAGUGAAACUGGCCCUAGCAGAGCUUACCAGAGAAGUGGCAAAUUUGCAAAGGUUAGCAAGUGA